AUGGCUUCAGAAUCGUCGCGAAAAUCUCUACAAUCUGCCACUUCUAUCGAUAUUGAUGACAUUGAUGAGGAGUUGGUUCAGGAGCAAUGUUGUUUUGGUUUCGUCAACAUUUUUGUAAUUUAUUUGUUAUGGAAAAUACUUUUAUAAUAUUUUAAAAAUCAAUAGUGACAUUUCGUUAUAUUUUUUCUAAAAUUAAUAGUGGCGUAUUGUCUUAGAGACUAUUUUUUUAUACUUAACACAGCCAAUCAUCAAAGUAAAAAAAUGUAAGAAAACUAAGAUUUUGACACUUCGUUAUAUAACUAUUGAUUAUAAACCAAUCAAUAGUGAAAUUCCGUCAAAUUUUCAAAAACUUAUAAUUUUUAUACUUUAGACAUGCCUAGUACUAUUAUCUAUUAUAAACCUCAUUAUUGAUGUCAUUGGCGGUUGCCUAUCAGCUGGUACAGAUCUCAUAUUCUUGUUUGUUGUUAUUGGUACCGGAUCAAUGUUAUGUAUGGCCGCAGUUGUUACUAGUGUCAGAGAGGAAAAAAAACGCAUGGUUAACUACACAAAGGUCUGGGUGGUGAGUUUUUGACUUUUUUUUAUUACAUUCACUACAUUGUUCGUAUUUUACCUUUAGGUGUAAGUUUAUGCUAAAUUAGAGUUUUUUUUGUACUUUUACAUUGAAAGUCAAGUUAAGCUCUUUAAAAGUCAUAAAUGUCACUUUGAAUCAAAAUUCCUAUAUGUUAUGACAAUGCGACAAACAAUUUUUAUAAGAAUUUUUUUAGGUUUUCAAGUUUGUCAUCAUGGGAUUGAGCGCCGCGAUCUUGAUCAUCGAAAACUCGAUGGAAUUUGAGUUGACAGGAAGUAAGUUCACAUCAACUGCUAUGUUAUGUUAGAGUAGAUAAGUGAAAACAACAAAACGUAGCUUGGGCAGGGUGAAUUGGAUUAAAGUUUAUUUUUAAGAGCUUUAGGUGCUUUUCAAAAUAUAUUUUUAAAGUUUCAAUACCUAAAAAACUAAAAAAUCAAAAAAAAUUAAAAAAUCAAAAAUUUUAAAAAAUAAUUUCGUCAAUUCAAACAUUUUUAGUUUCCCUAACAACCUUUGAAGAGAUGUGGCCAUUGAUAAUGUUGCUACCUUUAUAUGUUCUGUUCCUUGGCACCCAGUACCUAAUCAGUUGUCGAGUAGUAAGACUGAUUGCUGUGAGAGAUGAAAUUUACAUUAUUCCAAACUCACCUGGAUCUCAUGACCUCCGAAGAAGCUUGAGGAUCGAAUUGGAAAGAAGAAAAAGCAAGGUUUCACACGAUAUUCAGAAGUUUUAA